AUGCAAGAUAGAAAUCAAGGAGGACCAUCCAGGGUGAUUUUAGAUAAAUCUAAAAAUGAUGGAGCAGAUUUAGAAGUUCUCCUAGACAUAGGAGAAAACCUCAUGAUAAGGAGAACCUUGAUAAUCCUAGAGAAGGAGAAAACACAGAUUCAAAGCUUUGAUGACUCAUGGCUUCGAACCAAUAUUUUUCAAACUAGAUGCACCUCAGGAAAAAAGGUAUGUCAAAUUAUUAUUGACAGCGGUAGUUGUGAGAAUAUGGUUUCGAGAGAGAUGGUAGAUAAGUUGAAUUUACAGUGUGAGAAAAAUCCUCACCCUUACCGUAUUGCAUGGUUUAAGAAGGGGAAUGAAGUUACUAUUGAUAAGAGGUGCCCGAUCAAGUUUUCUAUAGGCAAAACUUACAAAGAUAAGGUCUGGUGUGAUGUCAUCCCAAUGGAUGCAUGUCAUGUAUUAUUGGGAAGGCCUUGGCAAUAUGACAGAAAGGUCAUGCAUGAUGGGGAAAGGAAUACAUAUACAUUUUGGAAGGAGGGAUCAAAAGUCAUCUUAUUACCCCUUAAGGAUGUAGGGGAAGCUAAGAAUAUGUUGUCUGAAAGAGAGCUUGUUAAGGAGAUGAAGGUGAUGGGAUUUUGUUAUGCAUUAAUGGUACAAGAGGAGGAAGGAGGAGGGAUACCAAUACCUAUUGAAGUAGCAAAGGUACUCAAAGAAUAUAGUGAUGUUAUAGCUAAUGAGCUACCUGAUGGUCUUCCACCGAAGCGAGAUAUUCACCAUCAUCUUGAUCUAAUUCCGGGAGCAUCUUUACCUAAUCAAACAGCAUAUAGGAUGAGCCCUACACAACAUGCAGAACUCAACAAGAAGGUGAUGGAUAUUAUGAAGAAAGAUGUUGUGCGAGAAAGCAUGAGUUCAUGUGUUGUACCAGCAUUAUUAACACCAAAGAAAGAUGGGCCCCAGUAUUUCAGUAAAAUUGAAUUGAGAAGUGGGUAUCACCAAAUUCGGAUUCAAGAAGGGGAUGAAUGGAAGACUUCUUUCAAGACUAGAGAUGGAUUAUAUGAGUGGAUGAGCAAAGAGGAGCACUUGAAGCAUUUGCAGAUCAUAUUGGAUGUGUUGAGGAAAGAGAAACUUUAUGCAAACUUGAAACAGUGUAGUUUUAUGCAAGAGAGUCUGGUAUUUCUGGGAUUUAUUGUUUCUGUAGAAGAUUGUACCAAAGGAAAGAAAUUCAUGUGGACCAAUGAGGCUGAAGAAAGUUUCAAGUUUCUAAAGAAGAAGGUAAUUGAAGCUCUCAUAUUAGCAUUACAAGACUUUGAAAAAGUGUUUGAAGUUGAUUGUGAUGCCUCACAUGUAGGUAUUGGAGCUGUUCUUAGCCAAGCAGGUAAACCAAUCACCUUUUUCAGUGAAAAGUUGAAUGAGGCAAGGAAGAACUAUUCCUCAUAUGAUCUAGAGUUUUAUGCAGUUGUGCAAGCCUUGUGA